UACAUAGUCUGGCGUCUGUUCGAUUUUGUUUGAAAUGCAAAUGAAGUUUUGUAAUCGAACCGCGUUCGUCUUAUCAGUUAGCGCCUUUCCCAGUGAUUACAAUUGCAUCAUACCUCGACAUUGUGUACUUACAUAUUUAUGGCAAUGAUCGUGAUCAUGAUUGUAAACAAACAAAACAAAACACUUUCACUAUCAAUAUUCACCCUGCACUUAAUCUGCAAACGCUCUUCAUUCAUUCAGUCGAAGAUGUCGCUUCAGCUGUUACUGUUAUUGCUGCUGCUCAGUAGCUUCCAGGCUCACUGUUACUAUCACGAAUAUCUUUACUGGGAAUUGAAUGACCCACCUCCCAUUUGCUCCGAGUACGAGAUGCUCAUAGUGAACACGCAUCAAUGCGUGCGUCGCUGUAAUAUAGUGUGUGUGCGCGGAAUUUGCUUUGAGGAUGGUCCAUGUCCCUGCGACAAUCAGUAUCAGAGUGCAUUUCAAGAUGGCGUUGCCUGUGCCGCUGAAUGUGUGCCAGGUUGUCUGGAAGCAGGUGGCUAUUGUGCCGGUCCCGAGCUGUGCAUUUGUCGCAAGAGCAAACAUUAUUACUACGAUGCAGUGGCGCGACGCUGUCGUCAUCGUUUGCCGCGUCUGCUUGAUUUGUGCCGCGGUCGCUGCACCCAUGGAAGCUGCUCGUUCGAUGGCCGCUGCAUUUGCGCGCAGGGUUACGAAAUGCGAGCGACGCUGCUACAUGGCCCACAAUGCACGCCCAUCUGUGAUCACGAUUGUGGCCCCAGGGCAUAUUGCUUUUCGCCUAACUUGUGCGCUUGCCGGCACAAAGACUUUCACUACGCUUACAAUGGCAACUGCACCAAGGACUAUUGACCUUUUGUUUUUGCACAUUCCAGUCUAUUUUAAGCAUUACAUUACGAAUUUUAUUUAUUGACUUUGGACUAAUUAGUAAGCUACUGUAAAUAUAUACUAAUUAAUAGACAGCCGGCAGUUUAAGUUAUUCAACAGCACAAAAGAGAACAAAUUGACAUUGAAAUAGCAGAUGCUCAGUACAAACAACGCUUUUUCUGAACGCAAACGCCUCACACUUUUGUUUACAGUGCAUUAACAGCAGCUGAGAGAGAGCGUGUGGAAGUGGAAGACACCAAGAGAGCCCGCUCUGCUCUGUAAGCAAACACUUAAAUGUUCAUGUUGUGUUAUUGUUUAUAAACUAUGUUUACAUUUUGAACAUAAAAAGUAAAUGUUAAUUAUUUAAUCAGUUCGCUCAUUCAACAUGCUGCGCUGAAGAAAACCAAAGCAAACGCGCCUUCUUCUUCUGCACAUAUUAAAAAUCCCCACUGCCUACGUGUGCAGCAGUGGCGUCGCUUUAAAAUCAAUGUUCCCUCGCUUCGAGAGGGGAUUUGACACUACCCCCUGCGCCAUGUCUAUGUCGCUGGACGAAUAACCAGUUGAAAGCAGACCCAGUUUUACUUAACGAAAAAAAGGCUCGAUAAGCUUCAGUUUUUACACACACACAAACAAUAAUUAUGUUUUCAUGUGGCAGUGUGCGUUAAUUUGUGUCUUAAGCUAACGUCUAGGGUAUUUUAACAAUUCGUCUUUGCUGAAAUGUUAGAUAAAGCGAAAGCGAGAGAGGCGGCGUUGGCGGCGGCAAAAUAGCCAGCGCGUGUGUGGCGUGUUUUCAUUUUAUUCUUGUUGGGGCAGGGGCCUGUUCCCCA